CCCAACAUCGGUCGUUGGUGGCUAUUUUCUGGUGAAUAGUUUAAAUUUAUUUUUAAACAAUGGCCCUAUUUGACGAAGAAAAGCGUGUCUGGUAUGGGCCUUACCGUCCAUCGAUCUUUAACCCCCGAGCUAAUCUCGGCCAGGUGUUGAUCAACGUGUUGGAGCGUACUCCGGAGAAGAUAGCGCAAGUAAACGUGGACACAGGGAUGGAAGUAAGUUGCCAGCAGCUAAGGCGGCGAUCGGUCAGGUUCGCAAAAUAUCUCGCUAACUCUGGAUGUGUGCACGGUGACAUUGUGGCACUAGUGGCACGGAACUCUUGUCACGUAGCUGCCGUCACAUUCGGCUGUUUCCUUGCCGGCAUUAUAGUGAACACACUGAGUCCGUCCUUUGAAUUGCCAGAAAUCGAACACAUACUGCGCUUAACACGACCUAAGGUGAUAGUGUGUGAUUUCGAUAGAUUGCCAAUGAUAAGGAUGGCUUGCAACAGGAUGGUAUUACAAGUAGGCAAGUAUGGUUUGCUGCUGCUUGAGUCUGGUAAACGUUUACCACCUGAUUGCUUUUCGGUUCACGAGCUGGUUUCUGCCGGUGAGGCCACCCAACAAGAAAAUCAGCUGAGCGAAGAAGAUAACUACAUUCCCCCGUACUGGGGCGAUUCGGAUAGAUUGACGGCAGCCAUCGUAUGUUCUUCCGGUACAACGGGCCUGCCCAAAGCAGUCCGCGUUUCUCAUGCACAGCUAAUUGCUUUGCAUGGUCGUAUCAGUCAGCUGGAUCAAAACGACACAAUCCUUUACUUCAGUACCCUCUACUGGGUCUCGGGCUUCCAGAUGUUGUUGACUGGUACCUUCAAUGGCGUCCGGCGAUUGAUAACCGCCAAACCCACCAGUGCGGCAUACACGAUCGAGCUAUGCAAUCGCUACCAAGUGACGGUGCUCCUUACGACUCCUUCCCUAGCGACUGACAUAGUACAUACUCUACCCGAGGCAGCUCGUUUAGGAUCAGUAAAGGUGUUCAUUGUUGGCGGCAGCGUGGUACCGUUGGCGUUGAGAAAAUCAUUAAAUAGCCACGUCCUGGUUGAAGGUCGAGGAAGAUGUAUCGUCGGAUACGGGCUGAGUGAGAUUGGCGGAGCAGCGUCCUACGAAAUCGAACCACGCCAACAAUCCGUAGGUAGUCUCGUAUCCGAAUGUGCUGCAAAGAUAAUUAACGAUGACGGUAUUCCACAAGGUGCCGGCAUAAAUGGUGAGCUGCUCAUUCGACCAGCUUAUCCAUUCCUCGGUUACUACGGAGACGAAGAGGCCACUCGACAAACGGUGGACGACGAAGGAUUCGUGCGUACCGGUGAUAUCGCCUACUUUGAUCGAGAUGGUUUGCUGUAUCUGGUUGAUCGUAAGAGAGACAUCUUAAAGUACGGUGGAUAUCAAAUUACACCCUCAAUACUAGAAGCAAGAAUAAGUGAGCUGGCCGGGGUACGCCACGUAGUGGUCGUUGGUAUACAAGACCCAGAUCGCCCCUUCGACGAUCUUGCGACGGCGGUGAUUGUCCGGCACGAGCAUAUGUGUCCAACACUAACCGAAGAGAUGGUGAUCAAACACUGCGCGGAGCAGAACGGAGGCGAACAGUCGCAGUCUGAAUGCUACCGAUUAAGGGGAGGUGUACGAUUUGUUGAUUGUCUACCAAUGACCGAAAACGGCAAAGUAAUCCGUAGUGCUGCAAGACAAUUGGCUAACGCGGGUAGAUAUGGUUCAGCCUAGCCACAUGCGCAU